GUUUAGUUUCAAGAAAAAAAAACGUAAACAAUUUAAUUAACAUUGUACGUAAUCUAGAUUUUAUUCGAGAGGUCGAAUAUAUUUCGAAUGCAAUUUUUGACCAAAAAACGAAAGCGGUUUUCUGAAAAGGGCGCACUUCGAGUUGAAAAGGCCCCGGAUGAAGAUAUCUGCGUCUGCGCAUACUGACGAUUUCCCGCUUCGAUCUUAGCAAUUAUUUCAUUGUGUUGAUAUCGUUGAGAAAGAAAAUCCACUUGCGACUCCUGGGAGAUUUGAAAGAAUUUGCAAUGGCUAACAUGGGUAAAAGUAAGGCCAAGGCAAAAAGGAAGGAAGAUGAUAUUGUUCUAGCAGAGGAAGAAGAGGAGGAAGAAUACCAAGUGGAAAAAGUGGUCGAUAAAAAAGUAAACAAACAUGGAAAGAUAGAGUACCUGUUAAAAUGGAAAGGUUAUAGCGAUGCUGAAAACACUUGGGAACCAAAAGAUAAUUUAGACUGUCCAGACUUAAUCUCAGAAUUUGAAACAAAACUAAAAGACAAAGAAACAAAAAAGAGGAAAUCGGCAUUUAAUGGUUCAGAAGAAGCCAAGAAAAAGAAAAAAAAGGAAGAAGAUGAAACUGCUGUGAGGGGUUUUUUAAGAGGUUUGGAUCCAGAAAGGAUAAUUGGAGCCACAGAUUCAAACGGUGAACUUAUGUUUCUUAUGAAAUGGAAAGGUAGUGAUGAAGCGGAUUUAGUUCUCGCGAAAGAAGCAAAUGUCAAAUGUCCACAAAUCGUGAUUUCAUUCUAUGAAGAAAGGCUCACAUGGCAUUCAUAUAAUAACGAUGAAGAUGAAACCGAAAACACUGUUUGAUGUUUUAAGAAACCAUUUUCUUGUCUUUAUUCAAACCUAUGGACCUUUUUUAUUUUUAUUUGAGUUAAAAUUAUUAGCCUUCACUGGUUUAACAAGAGGUCUGUAGAGAAGAAAAAUGCGUGUAGACAAUUAAAGGUGUACAGGAAGAGGGAUUCAUGGCUGAAGAUCAUAACUCUACUGAUUCGUACUUGUGAUAAGACACCCAUUUUUAACAUUAGAUGACACUCCCACUUUUGUAUUUUCAGAAACCAGUAUUGUAAUCAGAGAGAUUCUAUUGUGUAAACUUCUAAACUGUAAAAAAAAGUUUCAGUGUCUAUCCUUUGAGCUGAAUUUGAUGCGAAAUUCACUUAUUCAUGAUUUUCGAAUCUAGUGAAAUGAACAUUCGAUGGACUUGGAUGUUGAGUUGCAAUCCAUCUUUUCUUUUUGAUUUGUUCAUCUACAAGCUUUUGUAAUCCCUGCAUUAUAACUGGUAUUUUGUAUAUUGUGCUCACCAAGGGAGUGGCUUUUGUAUCUGUAAAACAAGGCUUCAAAUAAUUCUGAGUCACAAUCCAUCACUUCCUUGCAAACCAUGGGAGUCGAGAGAGUUUACCAGCAGCUGGAACUCGCUCAACUCGCUGAGAAUGGGGUGGGGUCUAAUGAGCUGACCAAAAGGGGGAAAUUUAUGGAGUCUAUCAGUUUGUGAUCAGUUGUAAGCUUCUAUCGCUGUACCAGUUUAGACUGAUCUUUUUAAAGUUGAAAACAUAAUCAUGAUUGUUGGAUUAUUUUUAUAACCAUUUAAAUAGAAUUAGUGUAUUUCAUUGUUUCUUUUGAAUCUGGUGUACCAAAAAGACAGGCUCGGAUUUUUCAUGUUUGAAAGACUUCCUUAUUCAAUGCAAUAUAAUUAAACUGUCAGAUGUGGUGCCAAAAUUGUAAUUACUCGUAUACCACCUGCUCGUAGUUUUUUAUUUGUGGCGCUAAAUCAACUGAGCAUCAAAUUUGUUUUGCAAUUGGAUGUAUGAAGGUAGGGGUUGGGGGUUGCUUGGCAUCCUCCUGUCAUGUUUAGAUUAAAAUCUUCGGUGGAGAUUUAGUGCAGCUUAAAGCAGGUAUUUGUAGAUGUAAUCUGCUAAAGUUUAAGAGAAGUUUUAUUUUUUGCAUUUGUCAUAGAUGAGAAUCCAGUCUCCUCUUUUUGUAUGUUAACACCAUUUUAUUAAAUGUGUCAGAUUAAAAUAUUAUGUGUUUAUUUCUUUCAGAUGUCGGCGUCUUGAUCAUUUGCUCACUUUGUGUUAAUAAAUUCCAACCUACAAGUUU